AAAAACCCGAAGCACCGCCCUUUCUUCAUUCAUUUAAUAUAGUAAUCUCGUUUCUGUCAAAAUUUAUCUUCAGGACAAAAUUUAGUGGGUCAAAAUUUUCCGCAUUUGCUGAAUAAUAGAAAAUAAAGUCAUCUAUCCAAAAUUAUCACACUCCUUUCUCCAUCCAACAAUGAAUGGUCUAUUUAACAAUGAAUAAUCUAUUUGAGGAUGAUACACACAUCUCUGUAGAAGCAGCCCCUACAAUAAACAAUAUAAUCUUCUCUCUCCAAAAUGGAGUUUGCUCUAAAUUACCUAAAUGCCACUGUCACUGGAGUUCUUUCUCUAACCCUCUUCUUUUUGUUUUUGUAUAAUCCCUUCAAAUUUGCAUUAGGUAAAAAAGAGGCUCCCAAAGUUGCAGGUGCAUGGCCAAUACUUGGUCACCUACCACUAUUGAGUGGUUCAGAGACACCCCAUAAGGUUUUGGAUGCUUUGGCUGAUAAGUAUGGACCCAUAUUCACCAUCAACAAUGGUGUCAAAAAGGUUUUGGUAAUCAGCAACUGGGAAAUUGCUAAGGAAUGCUUCACCACAAACGACAUCGUCGUUUCGUCUCGCCCCAAGCUUCUGGCCAUUGAACUCAUGUGCUACAACCAAGCCAUGUUUGGGUUUGCACCCUAUGGUCCUUAUUGGCGCGAACUAAGAAAGAUUGUAAACUUAGAAAUCCUCUCCAAUCGCCGAGUAGAGCAACUAGAGAAUGUUCGUGUCUCCGAAGUUCAAAGUUUGAUCAAAGGGCUCUUCAAUGUUUGGUCAAGCAACAAGAAUAAUGAGUCUGGCUAUGCGUUGGUGGAGCUGAAACAAUGGUUUUCUCAUUUGACAUUCAACACGGUUCUUCGAAUGGUCGUCGGAAAGCGACUUUUCGGUGCUAGAACUAUGGAUGAUGAGAAGGCUCAGAGAUGUGUGAAGGCUGUGAAGGAGUUCAUGCGUCUGAUGGGGGUGUUCACGGUGGCAGAUGCUAUUCCUUUCUUGAGAUGGUUUGAUUUUGGUGGCUAUGAGAAGGCCAUGAAGGAAACUGCCAAGGAUUUGGAUGAGAUUUUUGGUGAGUGGUUAGAGGAGCACAAACAAAAUAGGGCUUUUGGUGAGAACAACGUUGAUGGAAUUCAAGACUUCAUGGACGUCAUGCUUUCCUUGUUUGAUGGAAAAACAAUUGAUGGGAUAGAUGCAGAUACCAUCAUCAAAUCCACUUUACUGUCAGUAAUUUCAGGAGGAACUGAAACAAAUAUUACUACUCUUACAUGGGCAGUAUGUUUGAUAUUGAGAAAUCCUAUUGUAUUGGAAAAAGUUAUAGCAGAACUUGACUUCCAAGUUGGAAAAGAAAGAUGUAUAACUGAGUCUGAUAUAAGUAAGUUAACAUACCUUCAAGCUGUGGUCAAAGAAACUUUAAGAUUAUACCCUGCAGGUCCUCUUUCAGCACCUCGUGAAUUCAUAGAGGAUUGCACUUUAGGUGGCUACAAUGUCAAAAAAGGAACUCGUCUAAUUACAAAUCUUUGGAAGAUCCACACAGAUCUUAGUGUUUGGUCAAAUCCAUUAGAGUUCAAACCAGAAAGGUUUCUAACCACCCAUAAAGACAUUGAUGUUAGGGGACAUCAUUUUGAGCUAUUACCAUUUGGUGGUGGUAGAAGAGUGUGUCCUGGAAUAUCCUUUAGCCUUCAAAUGGUUCAUUUGACUCUUGCCAGUCUUUGUCAUUCUUUUUCAUUCUUAAAUCCAUCAAAUGAACCUAUUGAUAUGACUGAAACCUUUGGAUCAACCAAUACUAAAGCUACUCCACUUGAGAUUUUAAUUAAGCCACGAUUAUCUUCUAGUUGUUAUGUAUGAAAGCAUGUGAUUCUUGUCUUAGCGGUUUGUGGAAAAUUCAUUGUUAAACUAUGUGAUCUUCUUUUAGUUAAAUCAGGUUUGCCUGAUAAAUUAUGUCGAAACUAUGUAUAAUUGUCUCUCAUUUAAUUCUACCAUGGAUUGUUAAGGAAAAGUCUGAUCUAAAGAUUUUUGUUGAGGAUUA